AUGGCCUUUGACUUGAUUCGCGCCUGGCUCACGGCCAUCUUCCUGUCGCCAUAUCGCCUGUUAUCCACGUUUUUCACCGAGGAACCGUAUUUUGUUGAAGAUAGGCAGGCAGCUGUGGAAUCGCCCAAGAUGCCAAAAUUCUACCAUGACGACGAAGCAUGGGCGGACAUGGAGCCGCUCCCACAAGAUGACGGCGGCUUGCAUCCGCUCGCUGCCAUUUCAUAUAGCGAAGAGUAUAGCGAGGCCAUGGGCUAUCUGCGCGCCGUCAUGGCCAAGAACGAGUUCAGCGAACGAGUGCUUGGGCUCACAGAACACAUCAUCAGCAUGAACCCUGCCCAUUACACCGUUUGGCUCUAUCGUGCAAAGACCAUUUCCGAAAUUGGUCGAUCUUUAAAGGACGAAAUUGCAUGGUUGAAUCCCACGGCACUGAAACAUCUCAAAAACUACCAGAUAUGGCACCAUCGACACACCAUCAUCGACGAGCUUGGCUCACCAGAGGGAGAGCCCGAGUUCAUCAGCUCCAUGUUGGAGCUCGACUCCAAGAACUACCAUGUGUGGAGCUACCGACAGUGGCUCGUCAAGCGCUUCAACCUAUUUGACAAACCAGAGGAACUAGAGUGGACUCACGGCAUCAUCGAAGAGGACGUACGCAACAACUCCGCCUGGAAUCACCGCUACUACCUGGUCGUGGGCGGCCGCGAGGGGAAACCCAGCGCCGAAACAGCCAACCGGGAGAUUGAGUACACCAAAGCAGCUAUCAGGAAAGCCCCUCAGAACCAGAGCCCAUGGAACUACGUCUUGGGCAUUCUCCACGCUGCUGAACUGCCCAAAUCGACGCUCAAGGACUUUGCUGGCGAAUUUGCUCAUAUCCAGAGGCCGGAUGACGUGCACUCAAGCCAUGCUCUCGAUGUCCUUGCAGACAUCUACGCCGAAGAAGCCGACGGCAAAGAAGAUGCGGAGAAGGCUCUGGAGUUGCUGGCGACAAGGUACGAUCCGAUCCGAGCAAACUACUGGAACUUCAGGAAAGGAUUGCUUCAUCAGUCAAAGAUUGCUGCAUAG